AUGAUGGGAAAUAAAAUUUCAGAAAAUAAACAAAGGCAAAUUAUUAUGUACAAAAAUAUAAAAAAUAAAAUUAAAAAAAAACACAACCUUGAUGUUCGAAGGAACAUUUACAUUUCUCUACUCAAAGAAAAAGAACUUAGCAAUGUCAACUCAGAAAUUUUUGAAGCCUACAAGGAACAGGAAGAAAGUGGCUGUGGUAGGGUGGAUGGGAAUGGAGGCAUUACGAAGAAGAAUACCCGUGAGGGUAAUGGUACGUACGUUAAAAUAAAUUUCAAAAAAGGGGAAACACACACACAUGUGGGAGGCGAACAUAUGGGCAGAAAAUGUUCCGACGGAGGAAGACGCGAGGAAGGGAAACCCACAACCUUGAAAAAGAAGGAAGACCAUAGAUAUGGCUUCCAUGAGGGUAGCGACCGGGAAAGCGGUCCUGGACAACGCAGCGAUGAUCAAAGCAACCGCCGAAAUGACCACCGAAGCGGCACACCAAGUGACUCCCCAAAUGAGAAGAGACACUUCGAACUGGACUACGGUUUCUUCUUCAACGUGGAGGAAAGAUCAAGCGCGUAUUCGCAGACCAGAUGUAGCACCUAUGUGAAAAAAAAAAAAAAAAAAAAGGAACGGAGUGAGAUUUCGGAAGAUAGAAAUGAGAUAGAAAAUUCAAAGUUGAAAGGAGGGAACGGAAGAAAGGGAACCACGUUACGAAGAAAAGUAAGUAGUUUGGAAAUGAACAGUAGAAUUGCUACACGAAAGAGUGAAAGUGUGGACAUGGUUGACGACACAAAGGAUAGUACCGUUGCGGAUAGCUUCGUUGGGCGCACUUUCGAAUCGUACACUGGGACCGGGAGUUUUGCGCACAGCGUUUCGGAGAGUGCACCGACGGGUCGUAGUGAGAACCGCGACGUGUCUUCCUUCAAUUCGCUUCCACUGCAACUAUUGCCGGAUGUGCCAACCACUCAGGGCGAAAGGCUGGUGCUCACAAGGGAAAUGAAUAUCGAUAAGUGCAAAAAAGAAGACAUUGAAGGCCACGUGGACUGUUCGAAAAAGCCGAGUGAUACCGUGGGAAAAAGCACAAGGUUCCUAAGCCUAAUCAAAAGGAAGAAUAUCUUACGCAACAUUUUAUCAUUUAUGAACUGCAGGGAUUUGUUGGAAUUGCAAAAAACCUGCUCCAUGGUUUACGUCCUGGUGAGCGAUUUCCUGGACUAUAUAUGCCUGCACAUAUUUUUAAAAUUUAAGAGAGCCUACGAAGGGUACUUCACGCCCUUCGAUUGCUUCUACAAAUACGAGGUUCUGUACACGGAUAAUCCGUCCUUCCGCCUAGACUGCAUCCUCCUCGCGAAGAUAGAAAAGCGUGCUGUAGGACACAACAACCGAUUCGGUUACAAGUACAAGUAUCAAUUCGACAAAAAAAAGCAGAGCAGCUACCACGUUUACUACAAUUUCAACGUACUUAAAAAAAACGUAGCGAGAAAAAUAGAAAUACACAAAGACAUUUCCUAUAACAAUGGAGACGAUAUCAACGUAUCGCACAUCAUAAGUAACGAUGUCUGUGCCAAUGAUUACAUAUGCAUCCCAAUCAAUUUAUUUAACAUUAUCGGUACUGUUAAUUUCCAUUCAAUAACCUUUAUGGAAAAUAAAUUGAACAGGCACAUCACGUACAGUAACGGGUUGGAUGAUCAGCUAUGGUAUGACAGAGAGGAAUACAAAACGCUCAUUAAGGAGGAUAAUUUGGUUUCUUCUGAAUGUUUUCUUCCAUAUUUGAAGCACGUGAAGACAAUUUACUCCGGGAUCGACGUGACUGUUAUGAAGUCCACAUACAGGGCGAUCCAGCCUGGAAAACUGGGCCGCCGGAGUUACAACCUCUGGGGAAAUCACUUCAUAAUCCAAGGCAAGCCAGACCCCGUGUUCGCCUUUCUGAAGCGGGAGGGGCUACAGCACGACUAUAUUUACCAUAAUUUUUAUCUGCGUGUGGGUGACUCUAUCGUUUUUUACUUGAUCCGUGGCGGCAAUCACGACGUUUGA